UGUCUCUUUGUCUGAAACGCGUUGCUUCAAUUAUGGGAAAGAAUCCUUAUUUUGUCCUUUUGGCUGGUUUACUCUUUGCCUGGGUUCCAUUUUUGGUAACAGCCGACAUAAGCAAGGAGCUUUACGAUCUCGAAGUUGGCUUAGAAAGUCUGAAGAAUAUCACGGCGAAAUAUGAAGCCGAAGUCGCCACAAAGACUAUCUAUGAUCUGCUGAAGUCCAUUGAUGUAAUCGAUCUUGCCAUGGGAAACUACCGGGGGAACGCCACGAAUAAACUGGAAACCCUUCGCCAGUUUAAGUUUCAAGUUUAUCACGACUACACAAAUGCUAUAUUUUCUACCUUGGAUCGGAUCCGUAGCAUCUACGCUUUCUUCAAAUUAUUUAACCGAAACUCUAAUAACGUUACCCUGUCCAGUAAUGAAAUAAAAAUACUCCAGGAAAGGGCAAUAGAUUCGGGGCUUAAUGAAACUGCGAUAUUGCUGGAAAAACUCGGUAAAGCCGAAAAAAGUAUUGCUGAUUUUGCAAAUCAGUUUAUGUUAUUUUACAAUGACGUUAACGAUGAUUUCGGGCCAGAGGGCUUCUACGGCAGAAACGAGGCGGGACUGGAGGAUAGGAUGUUUCCGUUGUAUUUUAGGAUCGGUGGCGUGAUAUAUAGACACGUUAUUAAGCCGUAUGGGACCCAGGACAAAGACCAGGGGCUCCAAAAGAAAACCAAUAAUGAACAUCAAGAGUUGAUUUACAAUUUCUUUACUACCUUGUUUCAAACGGCUCAGCAAAAUAUUGAGGAUGUCCACAUUCAAAUGAGAUUUAUCGAGGGAGCGGUGAAGGAGGACAAAUCCAAUCUAAUUAAACUCCAAAAAGUAAUAGAUGAUGCUAACAAUCUCCUGUAAUCCCGAUUUACUCCUGUCAUCGAGAAUCUGAGGAACGGAU